AUGAGUGCUACCUCUCCCUCACUAGAUUACGCUGAAGUCAGAAAGGCAGAUGAAAAUGAUAAGAACCAGUUUACUGAUAGCAAGAGUGAUAAAAGCGAAAAAACUCAAAUACAGUUUACUACCUUGAGAAAAGUUUCGGAAAGUGUCUCAUAUUUUGCACUUGCUGUUGUCAUUGUAGAACUAGCUGAAAGGUUCUCAUAUUAUUCUUCCAAAGUUGUUGCACAGAAUUACAUUCAAUACCCUUUACCAAAUAGUAGCAUAACUGGUACACCGCUUCCGGGAGACAGUUCUACCCCUGAUGUAAUGGGAAUGGGACAACAAGCCGCAACUGGUUUAACUACCUUUUCAAUCUUCUGGUCAUACGUCUGUCCUGUGUUAGGAGGCAUAGUUGUAGAUACCAAAGGCAGAUAUAAAACAAUUAUGGCUUCAUCUUUGAGCCAUUCCGUUGGUUUAAUAAUCCUCACCCUAACUUCAAUACCGAAAGCUAUAGAUGAUCCUACUACUCCUUUGGCCGGUUGGAUUACUGCGACUAUCUUGAUUGGAUUGGGUACUGGUGGUGAGCAAAUAAAAUCCAGUACGCCGUAUACUAAGAUAUUAAAAUCUGGCGAGAAAGUCAUCGUUGAUCCAGACGUUACAAUUCAGAGACUUAUGACUUGGUUCUAUUGGAUUGAAAAGAAGCAUUCUUUCUGGUUAGCCUAUCUAAUUCCGACGAUAGUGUUUGCAUUGGUUCCAAUAUUAUUAUUUUCAUUACGAAACAAGUUAGUCCACACACCUCCACGUGGUAGUAUUUUAUUAGAAGUAUCGCGGUUGUUGAGGAUAGUGUGGUCAAACAUUUUCUCAAUUAAUCCACUUAGAUGGCCUAGUGUAUAUGAAGAGAAAUAUGGCAAUAUUUCCAAAUUAAUCACGUGGGAUGACGCUUUCGUUUUGGAAGUCAAGAGAGGUUGGUCAGCAUGUAAAAUAUCCAAUUAUGAUAUUGGCUACGAUACCUUCUUGGAUUUUAUAAUAUACCCAUUACUUAGAAGGAAAGGUAUAAGAUACGGACCCGUAGUCAGGAUAGCAACAGGUUUCAUUUUCGCUUCACUAUCAAUGGUCUACGCUGCUUGCAUUCAACAUCACGUAUAUAUCAUCAGUCCAUGUGGUGAUCAGGCUACCACAUGUGAUGUUAAGCUCCACAAAACCUUUGGUUGUGUUUCGUUCGGGUUUUUCAAUGCUUUGUUAAGUUUGCUUAUAGAUUGUCGCUCCGACUUACGCUUUGGUGGCCUUUUCAGAGGUAUACUUGGACCAGUUACUGCAUAUGAAUUAACUCUGAAAAAAGCACCUGUCCAAUUACGCGCUUUUGUCAUCUCUAUUUUCCUGUUACAGACAGCAUUUGAGUUUGCUAUUAACGAAACACGGGUAAGCGUAAGUGAGGAUCCACAUUUGGUUUGGAUGAAUGCUAGUCUCGCUAUCGUUACUUUUGUAGCUGGGCUACUUUUUUAUGCCAUGUUUUUCAAAAGAGACAGAAGCGAGGAGGCUGAAAAUGCUGUUGGAAAAGACAGACAGGAAAAUUAUUGA